AUGCACGCUGUCUCUGGCCACUGUCUUAAAGACCAACAAUCACUGUUGCUGCAAUUGAAAGACAGCCUUGUAUUUGACGGUACUUCAGUUUUGGUGAAAUGGAAUCACAGCUCUGAUUGCUGCAGUUGGGAAGGUGUAACUUGCGAGGAGGGACGUGUCACCGGUCUCAAAAUCAGCGAUGGAUCAAUCUCAGAUGGGAUUGAUGAGAACUCUGCUCUCUUCGACCUCGUUUACCUCAAGAGCUUGGAUUUGUCUUUCAACUUCGACGUGAAUUCUGAGAUACCUUCCAGGAUAAGUAAUCUCACAAAUUUGAGUUACUUGAAUUUCUCAAAUGCUGGCUUUGUGGGGCAGGUCCCGAAUGAGAUAUCGCGGUUAACAAGGUUAGUAACUCUUGAUUUAUCUAACCGGUUUUCAUGGAGGUACCUUGAGAUCCAAGAUUUGAGAUUGCUGGUUCAGAACCUCACACAACUUGAAGAACUUUAUCUCGACAGAGCAAAUAUAUUGGCACCACAGAAUGAGUGGGGCCAGACUUUGUCAUCUUCAUUGCCAAAACUUAGAGUUUUGAGCUUGCCUCUGUGUCAUCUUUCUGGCCCUAUUCAUCCAUCGCUUGCAAAGCUCAAGUCUUUGUCGGUGAUUCGACUUGAUGGAAACAGUUUAAAAGCUCCAGUUCCUGCAUUCUUUUCGAAUUUCCCAAAUUUGACUUCCUUGCUUCUCAAAGGUUGUGGAUUGUAUGGAACUUUUCCUAAAGAGAUAUUCCAGGUGAGGAAACUUAGGAUUCUUGAUAUAUCAAAGAACAAAUUGCUUCAUGGUUCUUUGCCCGAAUUUCCUUCAGAUAGUGAUAUCCAAAGUUUGGUUAUUACUUUCACAAAUUUCUCAGGGUUAUUACCAGCUUCUAUUGGUAAUCUUAGGCUGUUGUCAAGAUUAGAGCUUGCUGAUUGUCAUUUCAGUGGAACAUUACCAAAUUCUUUGACAAAGCUCACCCAACUUGUUUAUCUUGAUUUGUCAGAUAACAACUUCACAGGUCCAAUCCCAUCUUUUAAUAUGUCUAAAAAUUUAACCCAGUUAGACCUCUCUAAUAAUCGUUUAACUGGUCCAAUUUCAUCCACUCAAUGGGAAGGCCUUUUGAACCUUGUUGAAAUUCACCUGAAGAAUAAUUCUCUCAUUGGAAAUAUUCCAUCAUCUCUAUUUUCCCUUCCUUCACUGCAAAUAAUUGACCUCUCAUACAACCAGUUUAGUGGUCAUAUUCUUGAAUUUCCGAAUGCAGAAUUUUCAAUGUUGAAUAGCACUGAUUUGAGUAAUAACAAUCUUCAAGGUCCUAUUCCAAUUUCAAUCUUUAAACUCAAAUAUCUUAAGCAUCUCUCACUCUCUUUCAACAAUUUCAGUGGCACCAUACAGCUUGAUAUGAUUCAAGGCCUUACCAUUCUUGUUAGUCUUGAACUUUCCUACAACAAUUUAUCAGUCAAUGCAAGUGGUAAUGGUUCUAAUCUCUCUUUUCUUCCCAACCUUACUAAUUUACUACUUGCUUCUUGCAAUCUUGGAAUAUUUCCUGAUCUGAAAAGCCAAUCAGAUCUCCAAUUUUUAGACCUUUCAGAUAACCAAAUUUUUGGGGAGAUACCUAGUUGGAUUUGGAAUGUUGGGAUUAUCUCUUUAAAUCUUUCAAAUAAUCACCUGGUAGGCAUGCAAGAGCCUUAUUCUAUUCCCAAACAGCUAAUUGUUCUUGACCUUCAUUCUAACCAGCUACAUGGGAAGAUUCCCACCUUGCCAUUAGAAAAUUUCUACAUAGAUUUGUCCAACAAUGGUUUUACAUCUUCCAUUCCAGCAGACAUUGGCAAUAACCUUUCAAGCACCAUGUUCUUUUCCCUCUCAAACAACAAUCUCACAGGUGUUAUACCCAAAUCCAUAUGCAAUGCUGAAGCACUUCAAGUUCUUGAUCUGUCCAACAAUGGCUUAAAUGGCAGAAUACCAACUUGUAUGCUUGCAAAGACUCAGAUUUUCGGGUUGAAUCUUCGUAACAACAAAUUGAGAGGGGAAAUUCCUGAUUCAUUUCCUAUUGGUUGUUCCUUACACACCUUAGAUCUCAAUGGAAAUUCACUGACAGGAAGGUUUCCACGAUCUCUGUCGCGGUGCAAAUCUCUGGAGUUCAUAGACGUUGGAAACAAUCAAAUGCUCGACAUAUUCCCAUUGUCGUUGAAACAUAUAUCCACUUUGCGUGUGCUUAUUGUGCGAUCCAACGGUUUGCAUGGGCAUAUUACAUGUGGAAAAAACAUUGGAGCUUGGCCGAUGAUUCAAAUUAUUGAUGUAGCUUCCAACAAUUUCAGUGGUGAAUUACCAGGACAAUGCUUGACAAAAUGGCAUGCAAUGAUGGAUACCAAAACACAGCUCGACCACCUUAGCUUCGAGUUUACAGCGUUUAUUCCAUUUCCAUUCUACGAAAAUGCUGUGACAGUUACCAACAAAGGUCUUCAAAUGGAGCUGGUAAAGAUACUCACUGCAUUCACUUCCAUAGACUUUUCAAGCAACGAAUUUCAAGGACAAAUACCAAAAGAGCUUGGACAACUCAAAUCACUGCUUGUACUCAACCUGUCCAAUAAUGUUCUUAGCGGCCAAAUCCCAUCAUCUUUCGGCAACUUGGGGCAAUUGGAGUCUCUAGACCUUUCAAGGAACCAUUUGAAUGGGACAAUUCCACAAUCGCUUUCAGUGCUGAAUUUCCUCUCAUUUAUGAACCUCUCAUAUAAUCAAUUGGUUGGGAGGAUUCCAAAUGGAAAUCAAAUUCAAACAUUUCCAGCAGAUUAUUUCCAAGGUAAUGAAGGACUAUGUGGGCCUCCAUUGAAAGUGAAUUGCCCAGACGGUCAUGUGCCAGGGAAGUUGCCAAAAACACCUAAUCAAGACAAAGCAGACUCAAAGUCUGGGAUUGAGAUUGAAUGGAACGUCUUAAGCGCUGAAGUUGGAUUUUUGGUUGGGUUUGGAAGCGUGAUUUGGUCACUUGUAUUUUGGAAAAGAUGGAGGAAGUGGUAUUUCAAUGUUGCUGAAGACAUUGCUUUUAGCAUAUUACCUCAGCCACUUCUAAGGCAGUGGAUGUUAUGGAAGCAAAGUGUUGGCCUUUCACACAAUCAAUUCGGUGGGGGUCUUGAGUUUCCAAAUGCACCUUCCACAGUGUUAGAUACCAUUGAUUUGAGUAGUAAUGAUCUACAAGGUCCUAUUACGAUGUCAAUCUUUAAACGCAAAGAGCUUUCACUCUCUUGCAACAUGUUCAAUGGCGCCAUACAGUUUGAUAUCCUUCUGGGCGUAAGCAAUAUUCUAAAUACUCUUGACCUUUCCUACAAUAAUUUAUCAGUCAUUACAAAUAGUGUGCAAGAACCUUAUUCUCUCCCCUGUAUCAAUAUCCUUGAUCUUCAUACCAACCGACUUCGGGGAAACAUGCUCAAUGUUCUACCACCACUUGCUGUCUACAUAGAUUUGUCUAGCAACUAUUUCACAUCUUCCAUUCCAGCCGACAUUGGCGAAAAUUUUGGUAGGACCAUUUUCUUCUCUGUCUCAAACAACAAUGUUAUAGGAGUUAUACCCAAAUCGAUUUGCAAUGGAAGUUCCCUUCAAGCUGUUGAUCUGUCUAAGAACAAUUUAAGUGGCAGAAUACCAGCAUGUAUGCCUGCAAUGAGUCAGACUCUUGGGUUAAAUCUCAGAAGGAACAACUUAAGCGGCCCAAUUCCUAAUACGUUUCCUUCCGAUUGCAGUUUAAAGACCUUAGAUCUCAAUGGAAAUUCACCGACUGGUAGGAUUCCAAAAUCUUAG